CGCGGGCGCGGCUUUCCGCGCGUCACUUCCGGGGUCUCUUCAGGACGGGGCGGAAACGGCCGAGGCGCUUGGUCACGGCGCCGUCCCUGGAGUGGCUCCUGCUCUCUGAAGGCUUCCCUUCUUCGACCGCCCGUUUCUCCGUCUCCGCAUCAUCGCCCGGCCGGCGGGCCCCCGCGACACCGGCGCCAUGAUCACCUCAGCCGCUGGAAUUAUUUCACUUCUGGAUGAAGAAGAGCCUGAACUCAAGGAAUUUGCUCUUCACAAACUGAAUGCUGUUGUCAAUGACUUCUGGGCAGAAAUCUCUGAAUCAGUGGAUAAAAUUGAAAUCCUGUAUGAAGAUGUUGGCUUCAGGAGUCGUGAGUUUGCUGCUUUGGUGGCUUCCAAGGUGUUCUAUCACCUUGGAGCCUUUGAAGAAUCACUGAACUAUGCCCUGGGAGCAGGCAACCUCUUCAAUGUCAAUGACAACUCAGAAUAUGUGGAAACAAUCAUUGCCAAAUGCAUUGACCAUUAUACCAAGCAGUGCGUGGAAAAUGCUGAACUUCCGGAGGGAGCCAAGAAGGCGGUUGAUCCAAGACUGGAAGGGAUUGUGAACAAGAUGUUCCAGCGCUGUUUAGACGACCAUAAAUACAAGCAAGCCAUUGGGAUCGCCUUAGAGACCCGCAGGCUGGACAUCUUUGAGAAAACCAUUUUGGAAUCGAAUGAUGUUCCUGGCAUGCUGGCCUACAGCUUAAAGCUCUGCAUGUCUUUGAUGCAGAAUAAGCAAUUCCGCAACCAGGUAUUGAGAGUUCUGGUUAAAAUCUACAUGAACUUAGAAAAACCUGAUUUCAUCAACGUGUGCCAGUGCCUGAUUUUCUUGGACGACCCCCAGGCGGUUAGCGACAUCUUGGAGAAGCUGGUGAAGGAGGACAACCUCUUGAUGGCCUACCAGAUUUGCUUUGACUUGUAUGAAAGCGCCAGCCAGCAGUUCCUCUCUUCCGUGAUUCAGAACCUUCGUACCGUCGGCACUCCGAUCGCUUCCGUGCCCGGGUCCACCAACACAGGGACGGUCCCUGGGUCGGAGAAAGAAGGCGACACCAUGGAGACAGAAGAAAAGUCAAAUAGUCCUGUUGCUGCCGUGAAGUCUGCCCAAACGACCCCUGAGUCAAAAGACCAGAUCCCCAAAAUGAUAAAGAUUUUAAGUGGUGAAAUGGCCAUUGAAUUGCACCUGCAGUUCUUAAUACGAAACAACAACACAGACCUCAUGAUUCUAAAAAAUACCAAGGACGCGGUGCGGAAUUCCGUCUGCCACACAGCCACUGUGAUAGCCAAUUCCUUUAUGCAUUGCGGAACCACCAGCGACCAGUUCCUCAGGUAAAGCCUUCAAUGGGUUAUUCCUAAUUGAUAGGCAGAGAGGAUGUGACGCUUCAGUUCUUCAUGUCUUUCCCCUUCAUUCCUUUGGUUGAAUUUCCAGGGCCACGAGAAGGAAGCUCUUCAACUGAUGGCAACGUACCUCCCGAAAGACACAUCUCCAGGGUCUGCCUACCAGGAAGGCGGGGGACUUUAUGCCCUGGGACUCAUCCAUGCCAAUCACGGAGGUGACAUCAUAGACUACCUGCUGAAUCAGCUGAAGAAUGCCAGCAAUGAUAUCGUCCGACAUGGGGGGAGCCUGGGACUUGGUUUGGCUGCCAUGGGGACAGCGCGCCAGGACGUCUAUGACCUCCUGAAGACCAAUUUGUACCAGGAUGAUGCCGUGACAGGCGAGGCAGCUGGUCUGGCUUUAGGGCUGGUGAUGCUAGGAUCAAAAAAUGCCCAGGCCAUCGAGGACAUGGUGGGCUAUGCCCAAGAAACCCAGCAUGAAAAGAUUCUGCGGGGCCUGGCUGUUGGCAUUGCCUUGGUGAUGUAUGGGCGGAUGGAGGAGGCAGACGCCCUCAUAGAGAGCCUCUGCAGAGAUAAGGAUCCCAUCCUUCGUCGUUCUGGGAUGUACACGGUUGCAAUGGCAUACUGUGGCUCGGGAAACAACAAGGCCAUCCGGCGCCUGUUGCACGUUGCUGUUAGCGAUGUCAAUGACGAUGUGAGACGGGCCGCUGUUGAAUCGCUGGGUUUCAUUUUGUUCAGGACCCCUGAACAAUGUCCCAGUGUUGUUUCCUUGUUGUCCGAAAGUUACAACCCCCAUGUCCGUUAUGGGGCAGCCAUGGCUCUGGGCAUCUGCUGUGCUGGCACUGGAAAUAAGGAAGCAAUUAAUUUGCUGGAGCCGAUGACAAAUGAUCCUGUGAACUACGUGCGUCAAGGCGCGCUGAUUGCAUCUGCCCUUAUCAUGAUCCAGCAGACAGAGAUUCUUUGUCCGAAGGUCAGCCAGUUCAGGCAGCUGUAUUCCAAAGUCAUUAAUGAUAAACAUGAUGAUGUGAUGGCCAAAUUCGGAGCAAUUCUUGCCCAGGGCAUAUUGGAUGCAGGUGGCCACAAUGUCACCAUUUCCCUGCAGUCGAGGACCGGCCACACACACAUGCCUUCGGUGGUUGGAGUUCUGGUCUUCACCCAGUUCUGGUUCUGGUUUCCUCUCUCCCACUUCUUAUCGCUGGCUUUCACCCCGACCUGCGUCAUCGGUCUUAACAAGGACCUUAAGAUGCCAAAAGUGCAGUACAGAUCCAACGUCAAGCCCUCCACGUUCGCCUACCCAGCCCCUUUGGAGGUGCCGAAAGAGAAGGAGAAAGAAAAGGUUUCGACGGCGGUGCUCUCCAUCACUGCAAAGGCGAAGAAGAAGGAGAAAGAGAAGGAGAAAGAGAAAAAGGAAGAGGAGAAAAUGGAGGUGGAUGAAACGGAGAAGAAGGAGGAGAAGGAGAAGAAGAAAGAGCCCGAGCCGUCCUUCCAGAUCCUCGACAACCCCGCCCGGGUGAUGCCAGCCCAGCUGAAGGUCCUCACCAUGCCGGAGAGCUGCCGAUACCAGCCGUUCAAGACGCUUUCCAUUGGUGGCAUCAUCGUCUUGAGAGACACGAGCGAAGACACGGAGGAGUUGGUGGAGCCCGUGGCAGCUCACGGGCCAAAGAUUGAAGAGGAAGAACAGGAGCCGGACCCGCCGGAGCCUUUUGAGUACAUUGAUGAUUAGGGCAGGAGGGACCUUUGGUGUGACAUGUGAUGUCGGAAACCCUGCAGGCAAAGAAGGUUGCUCUGGCAGCCCAGUGCAUGCCCCGAGGCUUCUGCGCUGGCCGACAGCAGGCAGGCCACAUUUUAUGGUUGACCAAGGGAAAAACUCUGCUCUCUUUAGUGUAUUCUUUCAAAAGGAACCGGUUUUCAAAAUAAAUAAAUUUAAAAAAACAAACA